CAGUGUUGUAGUAAAUAGGGUUUAACACUUAACAAGAGUGCGUUAGUUGGUAUGGGAACCUCAAUGAGAUGGAGGCACUUGCCUCCACUCAUUUAUGCAUUAGCAUUUUGCUUAAUUGCUAUCAAUGUUGCUGCUCAUGAUGAUCACACUCCUUAUUAUGGAGGCAACUCUCCCUACCACCCAGCUCCACAGGCCGCGCCACCCGCACAUCAACCUCACCCACCUUAUUGGUACAAGUCUCCUCCUUCUCCAUCUCCAUCACCACCCUCUCCAUACGUUUACAAGUCUCCACCACCACCUUCUUCCUCGCCACCUCCUCCCUAUUAUUACAAGUCUCCUCCUCCACCUUCUCCUUCUCCACCACCUCCAUACGUCUAUAAAUCACCACCUCCACCUUCCCCGUCACCACCACCUCCAUAUAUCUAUAAGUCACCACCACCUCCCCCAUAUGUCUAUAAGUCCCCACCUCUACCUUCUCCAUCUCCACCUCCUCCAUAUAUUUACAAGUCACCACCACCUCCUUCCCCAUCACCACCACCUCCAUAUGUCUAUAAAUCUCCACCCCCAACAUCACCUUCACCACCACCUCCCUAUGUCUAUAAGUCGCCACCACCUCCAUCCCCAUCACCACCCCCACCAUAUGUUUACAAAUCUCCUCCUCCACCAUCACCUUCACCACCACCUCCAUAUAUCUACAAGUCUCCUCCUCCACCAUCGUCAUCACCACCACCUCCCUAUAUCUAUAAGUCACCACCACCUCCAUCCCCAUCACCACCACCACCAUAUAUGUACAAGUCUCCUCCUCCUCCUUCUCCAUCACCACCACCUCCAUAUAUUUAUAAGUCACCACCACCUCCAUCUCCAUCACCACCACCACCAUAUAUGUACAAGUCUCCUCCUCCUCCUUCUCCAUCACCACCACCUCCAUAUAUUUAUAAGUCACCACCACCUCCAUCUCCAUCACCGCCUCCUCCAUAUGUCUACAAGUCUCCUCCUCCUCCUUCUCCCUCUCCACCUCCUCCCUAUCUCUAUAAGUCUCCACCCCCACCAUCACCUUCACCACCACCACCAUAUGUUUACAAGUCCCCUCCUCCACCAUCGCCUUCGCCACCACCUCCAUAUGUCUACAAGUCACCACCACCUCCAUCGCCUUCACCACCACCUCCAUACGUGUACAAGUCUCCUCCACCACCAUCUCCAUCACCACCUCCUCCUUAUGUGUACAAGUCUCCACCUCCUCCGUCAUCUGCACCACCUCCACCAUAUGUUUACAAGUCUCCUCCCCCACCAUCUCCUUCACCGCCUCCACCCUAUGUCUAUAAGUCUCCACCGCCACCAUCUCCUUCACCUCCACCGCCAUAUGUUUACAAGUCACCACCUCCACCUUCUCCAUCACCUCCUCCACCAUAUAUCUACAAGUCUCCACCACCACCUUCACCUUCACCUCCUCCUCCUUACAUUUACAAAUCUUCACCACCUCCACCAAAGCAAGCCUAUCUCUACACUUCACCUCCGCCUCCCAAGUAUUAAGCUUGCAUGAGAAGUGCUUUAAUUUGAAUUCUUUCAAUAAUAUUAUGUUCAACAUUAUUAUUGUUUAUCUACGUAUUUAUUUUAAGCGGUCAUUAAUAAAAGGUUCUACGCCAUAUAAGGCAAGUAGAACCUAGUCAUUAUUAUUUGUGAAUGUAUCUUUAUUUUUCAAUUGAUUAUCAUAUUUUCAUGAAA